CAUAUUUUCCACACACAAAAACAAUAAUAAAACCCAAAUUUAACUAAUUAGGUAGCAAUUAUUGAUAUUACUGAAGUCCUCCCAAAAUUAGCACACUGAUCACUGUCACUGACCCUCUCCACACCAAAUCUCCACCUGGUCCCUUAAACUUUUACCUAUUUGAGUUUGAAUGCAUGAUGAAUUUUGGGAAGUCGAUUUUCACCUAACACAUAAGUUGUCGUUCCAGGAAUAAUAUAAAUCCAUGUGCUGUAUUUAUGUCAGUAAUUAAUUUCUACACAUACAUUUGUCUCUUUGCCUGACAUGUUCCCUCUGUUGGUUGCUUGACAGAGUGAUCUACUAAACCUGGGGAGCACCUGUGCAAGACACAAUAUCGGGAGACUUCGUCCCCAACACUCAGGCAUGCCUCCGGGAACACACAAACGGCGUCACUGGGGAUCGCACUCAAGACCUCUCACAUCCUGAGCCAACCAGACCAACAGUUUCACCGCUAGGCUAUAUUACCUUUGGCACUAUUACUCAGGACCUCUCAUUGGAAGUUGGAAAACACCAUACUUAGGAGAUGGUCAUCUCAUGAUCACCGACGUUUGAUAAUCGUCUGUCGUCUGGCUCAGACAUCCAACUUAAUGACUCUGAACAUCCAAGUAUCGACUCACACACGAGGACCGGUAAAGACUCACCGAAACACGAACUUGAUCAAUUGAACAUCCAAGUUUUACAUGACACCUUGGCAUCAACCUAGAUCCCUAGAACCCUUUAUUUGUUGCAUAUAUAUAUAUAACCUCAAUGUGGGCCGUACAUAUUAUUACUCUAAUUACCCAUUUUGGAGGGCACUAAGUGUAAAACUCACUGAUGAUCCAAAACAAAGUAGAUAUUAUCAUUUGAUUAUCAUGGAAGAUGCCCAUCAUUACAGAAAUCAAGAAAGCCUAGCUAGCUAUGUGACCAAAGUGAAACAUGAACAUAAUAAAAAGCCGUCUUCUUUGUCUUAUAUUACCUUUAAUAAAAUCUUUAAUUUGAUUCGGUCUCUGCCUAGCUAUACAUCUAAUCUAAUAACUUUCUUUCCUAGUCUUUCUUUUUUAGUUUUUUUUACCAUUUCUUGGCUGCAGGCAGGUUCCGGCGAGCCGCCCUCCACAGAGUUUCCCGACAUGUUCGCCGGCCGGAUUAUUCCCUGCCUCGAAGGCCGAAUAAUUGCUUUACUUUAUAGGGUUUUGAUUGCACUUUUUCGUUAAUCCAAAAGGUGGUUUGUAUUAUAUUUGGGCCACCAAUCUGAUAUAUGUUUGUACUUUGAACAACUUGGUGUUGUGCCUAGAGCUAGCCCUACAGUUAAAGCCGCCGGUCCCUUUAGGGACAAGCCGGCCGGUUCUUUAUAUCACACCCCAAAAUUAUUUAUAUGAUAACUACAAGAUAUCGGGAUCAAUUGGACUUCAUUUUGCAGGGGAUGUAAGGUCGAGAGAAAAAAAUUAUUUGAAUAAUUCGAAUUGCGAAGAGAUUGUUUGAUGGAAAUUUGAUAUGUACAACACCUUUCUUUCUUCUUACUCAAAAGGAAAGCCCCCAUAACCCGUUUAGAAGGGUCCCGCGUUUAGGAGAGAGAAGCCUGAAAAUUUCGCUCCCACCUCUCUCCUACUUUCUGGGUUUUCUUCGACCUUUUGAUGACCGUUGGGAGCAAGCCUCCCUCGGUAGAGGCGGACCACUGCCUCAAGCCACCGGACGGAUUGCCGGCGACGACACCUAGCCAACCCAGCAAGCGUGCCAGAGCCAGCGGCGGGGAUGGAUUCCUUGAAGAAGAUGGUAUGGAUUUUGCAAUUGUAACAGCAAGAGGCACCGAUGAGGAAAAUCUGCAGGAGGAAGUGAAUUUUAAUGCAGGGAACAAGGAAAGUAAGCCAAUGGAGACUGAUUCGGGGGGAAUAAAGCUCUCAUACAAGGAUUCUUUCCUUGGAAAUGGACCGCCAGAAGAGAUCCCCGAGGGAGAAGACCUGAUGUCUGAUGAAUCUGAAGGAGAGGAGGCAGAGGACGAUCCCGAUUGCCCCACUAUCCGGCUUAAGAAAAGCACUGAUGCGCGAAUCCGUAAUCGAUGGAAGCGUGCAAUCACUUUUCGUGUUCUGGGUAAGGCCUUCCCCUUUGCUUUUAUCCACCGCAGAAUUCAUAAAAUGUGGGCUAAAACAGGAGGGGUCAAGAUUGGAGACAUAGGAAAUGGCUAUUUCCAGGCGAUAUUCGAUUCACAGCUUGACCACGAUCGUGCUUUGUAUGGGGGUCCAUGGACCAUUGACGACCACUACAUUGCCUCUGAACCGUGGCGCAUUGACUUUGAUCCUGACUUCGACUCCAUUAACAGAGCUUCAGUCUGGGUCAGACUUCCAAGGUUACCUCUAGCAUAUUUUGAUGAAGAAAUUCUUUCCGAUAUUGGAGAUAAGCUGGGUAGAGUGGAAAAGAUUAAUUUCAACACGGCCAAUGGAUCAAGGGGGAAUUAUGCUCGCAUCUGUGUGGAAAUAGAUCUGAGGAAAAGAUUAGUUUCUAAGUAUCGGAUCGAAAGAAGGGUUAGGAGGGUGGAGUAUGAAGGACUCCAUACUGUUUGUUUUGGGUGUGGGCAUUAUGGCCAUGUCGAGGACUCCUGUCCACAGGGCUCUCAGCGUGAGACAUCAUCACCCGAGGACCGAAUGAAGGCUAGUAGUAAACCAGCUGAGCCAGAAAUCAGACCUGAAAUCUUGGAGGAUUUUGGGCCAUGGAUGUUGGCCACAAGGAAUCGGAGGAAACCUAGGCCUAAAGUUCAACAACAAGCAGGGGGAAAGGUGCAAGGAGAAGAGGAUCAGAAGAAAGAAACUUCAGGAUCCAGGUUCAAUGUAUUGGAAGAAGAAUCUGAAGAGGGAGAAAAGAAUACUCAAGAAGCUCAGGAAGAGGAGGAAACUACUACCACAGGAGAGAACAUGGAAGCAGAUAAUGGAGCGGGGAAGGAGAAUAGUCAAGUGGAAUCAAGUAGGGAAAAGGAAAAAGAGCAGCAAAAGGAAAAUCAGAAACAGGAGAAAAAGAAGCAUAAGGAAAAUACGGAUGGAGAUCAGAAUAGGAAACCACACCAGAAAACGACACCAGAACAUCUUAAAACCAGCUCUAAACUGACCAUGGAAAAGGGAGAGGAGGCUUCAAAAUCUAGAGCCAAGCUGAGUUCGGGAGAGAAGAAACAAGAGGGCCAAGUCAGUAAGAAAGUCAUGGCAUCAGGGACCAAGGGGCACAAUGUCAGCCUGCAGGCUGAUGUCCAACAUACAUCUACGAGUAUGGCUAAUCAAGCCAAACAAAAAAAUGGCAUGGGGAAAGAAAGCUCCAAGGAUGCCAAGCAGGGUCAUCAACCAAAAAUGAAGGAAAUGAGUCUAAAGAAUGGAAAGCAAGGUAGAAGCCCUGAGAUGAAAAAUAAACUGUCACCAGAAAAUGUGAAGCAUCCUCCCCGCAGAAUCAGCUUUGAAUCCAAGCAGGAAGAGGAAGCACAGAAACCUGAAAAUGCUAUCCAUGAUCCCAAAGCUAAUUGCAGUGGAGAAAUGGAUGGGACGGCUAUGGCCGUUGACCUCGUCUAAGUUUCAACCUUGUGUUGAGGGAAGGGAAGUACUCACUAAUCUGUAUAAUGAUUAAAGUCUUCUCUUGGAA